AUGGCGAAGGCCAAGGAGAAUAAGAGCGUUCAAAACCGCAUCAUAUACUCAAGAGCAUCAUAUCUCUACCAAGCAGCUUCGUAUCUUGCUCAGCAACAAUCUCUAGUCAGGCAAGAUGUUCUAUCGAAAUCCUCAACCUCAGGCCAGGGGCACAGUGCUUCGACGUCAACAAAGAACGAACAAAAGGCCUUGCAAAACCUGUCUCGUCAAGCCGUGACAGACUUACGAGCUGUGACACAGAAAACACAGAUCCGACAAAGCCCGGCUAUGAAACAAGCCAUAUGCAAGUUUUGCGACACUCUGCAGAUCGAGGGUGAUACUUGCACAUCAACCGUGGAGAAUGCUAGCAAAGGAGGCAGAAAACCAUGGGCCGAUGUUUUGACUAUCAAGUGCAGGACGUGCGGCAACGUAAAGAGAUACCCUGUCAGUGCGCCGAGACAGAAGCGGAAAGCUCUGCGCAACCAGGAACGACAAGAAGGUACAGAAGACAGCAGUAACAACGAGGCCAGGGGAUGCAAAUCUUCGAUGGAGAUGACGCCAAAUGAUACGCCAUACCAGACACCGAGUCAGACACCAGGUCAAACUCCAGGACCCUGA